UUUCCCCACUCCCCGUCUCGCCGUCGCCGUCGCCGAGCAGGGCAGUGCAGGUUGGAGCAAAAGGAAAGCGGCUCAUCUUCUUCUUCCUUCGCUCAGGCUGCCUUCAUCCUCGUGCUUCUGCUGUUGCAAUGGGGAUGGUGGUGUGGUGUGGUACCUGUACCUCUACUACCUAGGGCUAUUGCUGGCGUGUCUCUGCUCUGUGCAAGCAUCAUAGAUCUGAUUUGCUCUCAGCUCCAAAUAUCUGGCUUGCGAGAUAGCAUCUUGGCUGUACUGUCUGCUUGAAUAUUAUAUUCCUUCUCCUUCUUGUCUUCUGUCAGAGCUAUCAUUCUUCUUUAAUGUGCCGAAAUCACUCGCUUGGAGCAGUUCCUAACUUUUAUCCACUUCCUACACUACUUGUUACAUACAGCAGUACACUCUCAAAAAAUAAAUAAAUACAUACAGCAGUACAGUGCUAAAACUUCAGCAGUUCUGAAUAACACCGUGUAGUUCUGAAUGGGGGACGAAACUGCGCUGGAGCGUAUACUUGAUGGAGACGAGGAACCAAAGGAUCUGCCAUUAGCACUCUUACAAAGCAUCACGAAUGAUUUCUCUGAAGACAGAAAAAUUGGUCAGGGUGGAUUUGGAGAGGUCUACAAGGGUGUACUCCGAAAUGGGUUUGUUGUUGCUGUCAAGAGGAUGUAUGUGAACGAACACACGGUUGAUGACGUGUCAUUUCGUCGUGAGGUUAAAAGUCUGAUGAAGAUCAAUCAUCAAAAUGUUGUCCGGUUUCUUGGCUUCUGUUCCCAUGCAUAUCACACAUCCAUAAAAGAGGCUGGGUCAACAGAUCUUACCUUCGUCAACGUAAGAGAAAGAUUGCUCUGUUUGGAGUACGUCAGCAAUGGAAGUCUUGAUAAGCAUAUUACUGAUGAAUUAAGGGGACUUGAAUGGGAAACACGUUACGAAAUAAUCAUCGGAAUUUGCAAGGGUCUGUGUUAUCUUCACGAGGAAAAAAAGAUUGUUCAUAUGGACCUUAAACCGGCAAAUAUAUUAAUACAUGGCAAACAUAUGGUUCCAAAAAUCACUGAUUUUGGUUUGUCAAGACCAGAUGAAAACUCACACACUAUGGCUCAACCCAUUGGAACACGAGGAUAUAUCGCUCCAGAAUAUGAGAAAGAUAGCAAAACUUCAGCCAAGUCUGACAUAUAUAGUCUGGGUGCCAUUAUUUUUGAGUUAGUAACGGGGUGUAUGAGCGCCCCUAACAAAAAUAAUGUACUUCGAAGGUGGAGACACAGGUGGAAUAAACCACCAACAUUACUGCAGUAUCAACAAGUAACUAGCUGCAUUGAAAUAGCAGUAUCCUGCAGGCACCAAGAAUCAAAAGAUAGACCUUCUAUAUGUGAUAUAAUCAGCUUUCUGAGUAAGUCUGAAAGUACGAACGUGCACUCAGGCCAGAUAAGCCCAUGUUUCGAUGAAGAUGACAUGCUUGGGAUUAAGCCGCUCGAACUACAGCUUCCAUCUGAGCUUAAGAAGGAGGUAUCAUGCUCAAUUGAGCUAACCAAUGACACACAUAAUUGCAUUGCCUUCAACAUUCAAUUGCCAAGCAGACAAUGGUACAGCACACAACCAUACAAAGGCAUUGUGCAACCAGAAUCCAAGUAUAGUAUGAAUAUAACAGUGCAACCAAGAGAUUUUCAUGAGCAUGACCAUGCCAACAAGUUCAUCGUGCAGAGCAUGAAAGUGAGUGAGGGUCUUAGAGAUGAUGAUUUCACAGAACGCAUGUUCGAAGAGGCCAGUGAAGUUGUUGAUGAGGUGAAUCUGAUGGUUGCAUAUAAACCGACGAAGCCCCAAGAAAACUGCAAAAGUAAAGAAAACACCAACAUGCCAGCAAAGGAAGUUCCCAAGGUGAUCAAUUCAUGUCUUGAUUUCUUUAGCUGGGUCACACCAGGCAUCGUAGCUGCUAGACAUCAGCUGGUAGACCAAGACGAUACAGCUGCGCAGCAACAGAUUCAUGAGGUAAGGGAGCAACUUCGGCAGCUGGACAAUGACCUUUGGAGGCUCCGGACAACUAUGGCGCCCAAGAUGCUUGACCUAAUUGACCGUGUCGAGUGGCAGAGCCAUAAGAAACCAACAGCUGACCUCCUCCCGGAUAUCAAGGAUGCAGUGUACGAUGCUGAGGACCUCCUAGUUGAGUUUAAUUAUUAUGCGAUGAAGUUGAGGGUUGAACAGAGCAAGAAUUCGGGGCAAGAUCACAUGGAAGGUGCCUUUCUGCAGUUCUACAACAGUAUCAAGGACUGUGCCCACUUCAGCAAGGUGAAGGAAAUACAAGAUAAGCUAGAUCAUAUCUAUAAACAGUCAAAGGAUUUGGGUUUGCAUCAAGCACCGCAGAAGUUUGACAGAUCAAUCAGGCCAGAAACAUGUUCGUUCUCCGAUGAGCCACAAAUAUUUGACGUGAACAAGAACUGGAGCAGUUGGUGCAAAAUCUAGGAGUACGUGCACGCAACAAAUCUGAUGUUAAAGAGAGAAUGACGGAGUUGCCUGUGUUGCCAAUAGUUGGCAUGGGGGGUGUCGGAAAAACAACUAUGGCCCAACAAAUCUGUAAUGAU